AUGGACACCACCGUGGAUGCCAACAUGGACGGCGGUAUGGAUGGGGGCAUGGACGGCGGUAUGGGCAACGGCAUGGACGGAGGCAUGGAUGGGGGCAUGGACUCGGGCAUGCCCGUGGAUCUCGAUGGCGUCGACUUGUUCGGCGACCCAGUCGAUCUGAUGGCAACCGCCACGCCGCCCAGUAAGAAGCUAUUACAGCAAGUCGACGACAUGAGGAGUCGUGGCUGCUGUCAAAAGAUUGCCUGGUCCAAGCACGGUGCCAUUGCCUCGGUCGCACAUGAUGGCCGGUCCAUUGAGCUGCGGUAUUUGUUCUCAGAUCCGGCGGACGGUUCCUGGAAGCUGAGCGAGCCCACAACGUAUUCCCAGUUCGGAGCCACUCAAUCAGAGAGCCGCGUUGUUCAUCUGUCAUGGGCCGGCAGUAUGCCCAGCUCCGAGCUUGCCGUCAUCGAUGAUGUCGGUCGUGUGAGCUUUUUGGCAGUCCCUUCAGCUGUCAACAAGCCCGUCACCACACGGUCCUGGGACUCGGAACCUUUUGACGACCUCCAUGCUGUGGUAGGGAGCUUUUGGCUUCCCUUGGUACCACCUAGUAGGCAACACUUCGUUACCCAGUAUGGACCCGCUAUUCGAGACGGCAACGCUUAUAGAUUUGAACAGUCCCCCACGCCAGCCAUAGGCCCUUUCCAUCCAAACCCCAUGAAAAGUGCGUUUUUGUGCGUCACAAGCAACGGCCUUCUCAAGCUGUUCUACUAUCAGAACAAUAGCACAAUACAGCAGACGUCGUUGGAGAUGGAAACGAUGAGUUCUACCGACGACAUAAUUACACACGCAUCCAUGUGCGCUGAUAAAAGUGGCCAGUUAUAUAUAGCUUUGGCACAUGCCUCUAAACAGCUGAAAAUUAUGAGGGUUCAGAUCGACUGGGGUUUGCCAGCUCAAGCGGACAAGCAAACCGCCCCUCAUGCCCUCCCUCUCAACCCUACGCUGAAGGAAAAACGUGUGGCCAUGACAAGCUGGCUUCAGAACGAUACGGCGGCUGCAGGAUUGGCAUCGCAGGUAGAUUACGCCAUGACACAACUCUCUCUUUUGGAACUCCUCCCAGGAGUUCCCAACGGUGAUGGUCAGCCUUGGGCUCCUCCUCUGGUUCUGACCGUGCGGUCCUAUGUCCCUACCAGCUAUGGAGGCGGACUGCAAAGCACGGUAGAUAUCUGGGAAAUACUCAGCGACCAACCUCAGCAGCUACAUCAGGCGUUCCAGCAACUGAGCUCAAGGAACGGGUUAGGCUCGAACCCACAGCCUGCAACGAGACUUCGCAAGUUGGAGUCGAUAGUACUUCAGAAAGUGGUCAUAUCUAUAAGUCUGCUGCAUUCAGGAAAGGUGGUAUGCUUAGCCUUCAGCGACGGCUCGAUUCAACAUCGAGACAGAGUUACCAUGGCUGAGAUACACACAAGUCCGGAUCUCGACCGUAUAGUAACUUUGAACCAGAUGGGAUUUCACUAUGCUGAAGAGUCACCCUGCCUCCAGGUAGCAUUCUCGCCGUCCAACUGCUCAUUUGUGCAAAUAUGCGAGAACGGCAAAAUCAAGUGGAACCACUUAAAAUUCCCAGCUGGGGAUAUUGGCUCUACGCCACAAGAUGUCCAAUAUUCCGCCGUCAUCGCAGGUCUUACUGUAGCCCUCUCGACUGCCGUGGCAUCCAUGGCCAACUUUGACGACAUUCUCAUAUUGGCGCGCCAGUUCAAUAGCAAGCCCCGUUUUGCUGUUGAUUGGAUCGGGCAGAUUAUUCGCCUGUUGAGAGUUCACGUUGACUACUCAGAGGGCUUGUCUCAGGACGCGCUCGUCCGGAACACCAACCUCCAAGUUUGCCUCAGUAUCAUGAAUCACAUGGGCUUCGCUGGCGAGUUCCGGCCGCGAUCGUUCGGGGGCAAAUUCUCACUGAUUACGCUGCAUGUGCGCAACCUGGUCAUCCUCAUUACCCUCGCCAAUAACGCCAACUCACAGCGUAAGGUAACACCCUUGGACGAGCCUGAAGUUGUCGAAGUGCUUGCAAGCUCUUUCAAAUGGACAGUAGAGCUCCUCACGUGGAUAAGCGACUGCAUCUUUGAGCUGGAAGAUGAUGUAAAGUUUAUGACUUUGCUGAACGCUAGCCCUGGCUCUCAAUCGGAGUGGAAGGACUUGUUCUCAUAUCUCCAGUCCAAGGAAGAGGUGGUCCUGCACCUGCUGCUGUGCUCGUCAAGCCGCGGCUUUCUCAUCUCGGUAUGCCGGCGUCUGCUGCAUCUCGACGGCCUGGGCAAGAAGGCGGUUCAGUACUAUCAGCAACAGUUUGCAAAAGGAGCGCCGUCACUGCAAGGAAGCGUCGACUCGUACGAGAACCACACUCGUUUAUUCUCAGCAUACCAGAAGCUACAUGCCCAUGCCUCAAACAGCAUGAUUGAUAUUGCUCAAUUAGAAAAGCUUUUGUCCGGACUCGGAAGCCAAAUCACGACGGUCUACGAGCAAUCCUUCCGGAUCCAGGCGCAAAGGGCGCAGCAGCAGCAGCAGGGGGCCAAUGCAAACAGGCAGCAGCAGCAGCAGCAGCAGGAUGCCCGGGUCAAGGCGCUGCAGAACCAGAACGAACUCAUGCUCCUGCUGGGAGGCACGCCCUUCCCCGUGCUGCAGCCAAUGCUGAAGAAGUUUUUCGAGACCGACCUCCAGACCUUCAAGGCCACGGUUCCCGACCGAGCCAAGCUGUACUUUGCCGACUACUCGAGCCUUGGGGUCCUCGACGACCGACACAGCCUCUCGGAGAGGCGGAAGAACAGGGGCAGAUAUGUAGACACGUUCAGCCACGUUGAGAUGCGACCAGACAAGCCGCCGCCCAAGGGGCAGCAAGACUCGACGGUGUCGCUCGGCCAAUGGAGGCGGUGCGUCCGCUGCACGUCCGUCAUGGAGGAUACCACCGCGGACCCCAAGACCGGGCUGGCCAUCGUCAUGGUGAAUACGAACCAGCGCCGGUGCUGCUGCGGCGGGAACUGGAGCGUCGUGCCUCGCGGCCACGCGGUGGUGUAG